AUGUCUAACGCUCCUCCUUUUCCUUCGCCUACCAGACGGUGGCACACCAAGUCACAGCCAUCCGGAUCUCCCACUCGUUCCGAACUCUCUGCCAAAGGAAAGUCCGUGUUAAUCACGGGAGGAGGCAACACUGGCAUCGGCGGCGAGACGGCACGCUACUACGCUCAGGCGGGCGCCUCUCGAAUCGCCCUCGUUGGCCGUUCGCAGAAGCCCCUUUCCGAGAACAGGGAUUACAUCGAGUCCCACUACCCAGGCGUCAAGGUUACUACCAUCUCCGCCGAUGUUACUAAGAAGAGUGACAUGGAUGCCGCGUUCGCUCAGUUUGCUGGAAAGGGGAAGAUCGACGUCCUCAUCCACAGCGCAGCUGUAGUCGGACCAAAGGCAAACAUAAACGAUGCGGACCCAGACGAAUACCUUGACUGUAUCCAGACUAAUGUCAAGGGCUCUUUCUUCGUCGCACAGGCCUUCGUUCGCCACGCGGCGCCUAACGCAGUCGUCGUCGCUAUUAAUUCAUGGGGUGCGCAUCUGAGCCUGAACGAUAACUUCGCUUCGUACUGUGUUGCGAAGUUGGCCGUAUACCGUCUUUGGGACACGGUAGCGAUUUCGAACCCGAACCUAGCUAUCUUUCACACCCAGCCCGGGGUUAUAGUCACCCAGAUGAACCUUAAGACGGGAGGUGCUGACAGUUUCAAGGAUGUGAAGACCGAUGAUGUGUCACUACCGGCGAGCUUUAAUCUCUGGCUCUCGAGCCCCGAGGCUCGAUUCCUGAAGGGCAAGUUUCUAUGGUGCAAUUGGGAUAUAGAAGAACUUAAAGCUCAAGCUAAGGAGAUUGAAGCUGGGACGAAGUUGAAUAUUGGACUUGUGGGAUGGCCGUUUGGGGAUGGUGUUUAG